GAGGAGUUUAGUACAGUCAGCUCCUUGUGCGUACAGAAAGCGCAGAGUAACGUGCACCUGGGGAGCUUCAAGGGUAACAUCUCAUCCGCUUACAUAAACACCACACCGACUCUUUGCUAGAAUUAGUUGGGCUGGCUAAUACAAAAAAUCUAAAGAAAGGCUUGUGUUACUAAAACAGGUCUGUACAAGCCAAAUUACAGCAAUCCUGAAUGUGUUUCUGCAGGCUUAUACUUGGGUUUCUCCAUCACGACUUACCUGAAAGAAAUGCACAGGGGAUGGAAUGUUCCUCCUCCCGUGCAAAUUACAAAGCAGUUGUUAUAACACAAGUAGAAUCCAAAGUCAUCUGAAAAUCAUCUACUCCUUUAGUAACUCCCCAUGACCUAAAAGUUCGGGUUUUACUUUUCAAAGCUAUAAAAAUGAUCCAGACAUUACAGUUCAGCAAAAUAAACUGCCAAUAGCUCUUUCGGGUGCAAGGUAGGCACCCGCACUGUGCUUUUUCCUCAGCAGUCUUGACUUCACAGGAUUGUUUUAGGAAAAACAACCAAGCUUUUACUGCCUCAUGGAUUUCUACCAGUGAGGGAGAAUUCAAACUGUUGUGAGAUUCAAAUGCAGGGGCAAGCACAUGUGUAAUACCCUUCUGAUUGGCCUCAGUCACUUCAGGUUUUCUCUUCUGCCUCAGACUUAUUUGAACUCCUGAAGAAAACUAGUUACUAGAAGACCUCAAAAGCACAGACAUCAUUAUUGUUACCUGAUUUUGCAGAUGGGGAAACACACAAAAGUUGAAUGACCUGCUUAGUCUUGCUAGCCAGGACAAUAGCAGCAGAUCCAGGUCUUUGGAGUCCUAAGUCAAGAUCCAGUGUUUAAGCUACACUAAAGCAAACUCAGCAUGAUUCAUGAAUUUACAUGUCAGCCUUGUAUAUCUUAGUCCUUUUCUUUUUAUAGCAGAUAAUGGGUGGAAACACAUUUGCCCAGCUCAUUCCAUGUGUAAGCUGUCUCAGGGGUAGGAUGUGGACAAAAACUGCCUAACACUAGCAGUGCAGUUCCCUAUUGCUUUCUGCACUGUUCUCCCUGAUUUGUUUUCUGUUUCAAAUUCAUUGACUUUGAAUCCUGAAUUGCAUUUCCUCACCACACAUUCAAAGCUGAGAUAUGUAAAGAGAGAAGGUGAGUGUCCCACUUCUCUCAGCAGUUCCUGGGGAGAACAGGCAGAAUCUCUACUGUUGUUAUAAACUUUAGGGUUCCCUCUUUGAGGAACUGUAUAAAUUUGUACUUUCCCCUAAACAUUUAUAAAGCAUUUACCCUUUACUGUUCUUCUGUGGUACUUCCUGAUAAGAAUCACAAAUCACUUCACAAUCACCAAACUGUCAUCUUUACUUCAGACGUUGGUUUGUUUCUACUUUCACCUCAUUUCUUUAAUCACUAAUAGUUCAGAAGAACCUUCUCAAGGACAACUAUAAAUAAAUAUGCAUAUACUUGAAAAUACUGCACCUGAUAAUUUGAGGAAAUUCAACUCCAAAGACUUGAGAGAUGUGUGACAGAGACUUGUAUCUAGAUUACUAUUCUUUAGGAGUGCUCAAUUCUCUAAGUUUUAUAGAGAACAACUCUUCUGACCUAUCUGAGGUUUGUUUCAGAGCUUAUGAUACUGUUUAUCCUAACAGUGCCUCUUUUCCUCCCUUCCAUAGGAGGGAUGCCUAUGUGACGUGCUCAGAUGUAAAUGUCUCCAGCAGAGCUCUGAAGUUAGACUAAUGAAUUGUACUGUUUCUUUUUACUUGACAGGUUUAGAUCUUCAAAAGCAUUUCAUAUAAAGAAAAUAGUGUGGUGUUCUGACUUCCUAGAGGAAAGAUCCUUGAACAAAUAUAUUCAUACUGUAGAAAAUUCCUGUCAUAAGAGCCACAUUUGUACUUUUCCUUCCUUAAUUAGUUUGGAUGGUGGAAAUUCUUGAUUGGGAGACAAAGAAACAGCUGUGCUUCCUAGACAAGGUGGAACCAAAUGCUACAAUUAGAGAGAUCAGAUUGAUGUUCCAUAAAUUAUAUCCUCGGUGGUACCCAGCAAGGCAGUCCAUAAAACUUGAUCCAAAAGGAAAGUCCCUGAGGGAUGAAGAAAUCCUGCAGCACCUCCCUGUUGGCACAACUGCUACCUUAUACUUUAAAGAUUUAGGGCCACAGAUAGGAUGGACUACGGUUUUUUUGAUAGAAUAUACAGGUCCAUUGUUCAUCUAUUUUGUGUUUUAUUUCCGCAUGACUUUUGUCUAUGGACUGGAUGAGAGGUUUGCAUCAAGUCCACACCCAGUAGUUAACUUGGCAUGCAUCUGCCAUUCUUUCCACUACAUCAAAAGGUUGAUUGAAACAGUGUUUGUUCAUCGAUUCUCCCGUGGGACUAUGCCACUGAGGAAUAUUGUGAAGAACUGCUUAUAUUACUGGGGAUUUGCAGCUUGGCUUGCAUAUUACAUCAAUCAUCCUCUUUACACUCCUCCUUCUUAUGGGAAAAAACAGAUAAAUUUUGCUGUGAUCAUGUUUCUGCUGUGUGAAGCUGGAAAUUUUUCCAUUCAUGUUGCACUCAGUGACCUCCGGAGAAAUGGAUCCAAAACCUGUAAGAUCCCAUAUCCAACAAAGAAUCCUUUCACAUGGCUGUUUUUCUUUGUAUCUUGCCCUAACUAUACAUAUGAGGUGGGGACCUGGAUCAGUUUCACUAUCAUGACUCAGUGUGUUCCAGUGGGACUGUUCACCUUACUUUGCUUCAUACAGAUGACAGUCUGGGCAAAGGAUAAACACUGCACCUACUUAAGAGAAUUCAAGGAUUAUCCAAGUCAUAGAAUGCCAAUUAUUCCCUUUUUGUUGUAAGAAAAGAAGGCUCAAUUUGAAUAUUGCACAGAACCUCAAGAAGAAAAACCUCAUAAACGUCCUGCCAAAUAAAUUAAUUAAUUAAAAGGAUUUUGGUGCAUGUUGAAUCUCCAGUGCUAAGGGAAAUUUUAUGCACUUGAAAGCUACACUUCCUAACAUUCAAGAAUUCUCAACUCAGAAGCACCUUAAAAGAUAAGGCUUCCUUGCACCACUGCAAAAAAAAAGUCCCUGCAGUUCACUGUAACCUGACUUAGAUUUUUCUGUACUAGUCUGUUUAGAUUGAUGGAUCAGAGAUCCUAAGAAGUCUGUGCUGAAAAGCAGCUCCAAAUUUAGCAGUGGCAUUCUGCAAGACAGAAGUACACUGGAAGGAGGACACACCAGCUAACUACCAGAGCUCAGUUCAGCCAUCGAGGCCAGCUGCCCUCAGGACAGUUGCAUGAUCUGCCUUCUUUGACUUGAAGAGUGUGCUGCCUGGAGGCAGGUGCUUCCUAACAGAUAACAUUACCAAAGAAUAUGAAUGGUUCCUGGAAUAAAGAAAUAGGCCAUAUCUCAAAAA